CUAAACCAAAUGUCUCUUAGUAGAAAGAUAGAUAGGAAGUCAUGUUCAACCCAACAAAGUCCGAGGGGCCAAUCCGUCCAAAGAACAAAAGCUCUGUGAGGCAUUCUUUUUACCUUACUCCGCGUGAUGAUGCCUUCGAAAGGAGUCAUAAUGCAAGUCAGCUGACUGAUAGGAGUACCAACUCGCCAAGAAUUUUGAAUUCUCAAAGAAGGUCUCCUCGGCAGAUGGUCACUCAAAGGAUUAACAGAAGUAUCGCAGAUAUAUCAAGGGAUUCGAACAGAAGUUAUCUUGAUAGCUCCUGACGAUCUUUUGGUAAGAGAAAAUUGAAGAUAAUUUCCACACGGAAAUCCUCAAUUACGAUGCAAAAUAGGAAAUCGUUGAUAGACCGAAAGCCUAGCUUCGGAUUUAGUUUCUACAAAAUUCCCAAUACUCAGCAUUAUAAUGAACGCAUUCUUAAUGCAAAGUUUUUACCUGGUAAGAGAGGUCAUUUCUUGAAUGAUAUCUAUAAGAUGAAGAAAUUUGUCCCAUCUCCUGAUAAAUAUGAGGUUAUGGGAAAUAUGAGCAUGCAGAACCCAGAGAAAAGGCGAUUUAGCAAAAUUCCAAGACUAACCAUUGCUGAAGAGAUUAUUAAGAAAGGAGCCUCAACACCUGGCCCAGGGUCAUACAAACCUGAUUACAUUCAUUUACACCAGGAGGGAGAGCAUAAGGACUCUGAUAGAAGCCUUGGUUUUAUUGAUGAGGCCAUGUUUAAAGGUAAAUCUACUCCUUUAUGCCAUGAUGCAAAUUUUAAGCAAGUUGAGAAAAAGCCACGAUCUACAUUAUUUAUGCUCUCCCGUGCUGAAAGAUCAGUUAAAAAUGUGAAGAAAUCUGGUUUGAGUCCUUGAAGUUAUAAUCCCCUAGAUUCGUUCAAAAAGACACAAAUCUCAUUAAGAAAGACAGGAUUUGGAAACCCCACAAACAUCCCUACAUUUUCUGAUGAAGUAGCGAAAUUAAAGAAGUUUGUCCCUCCUCCUGGGGCAUAUGAUAUUUCCAAAGCAGAGCUGAAGGUGUACAAGCCUUUUACUCGGAAGAGGAGGUAAAUCUGUUCAAUCAUAUAAAA